GCACCCAUUCAAGUCUAGCACAACAUUGAACAAUAUUUUGCUGCGGCAGUCAAAGAACUCGAGGAGAACUUGAAAACUUUCCGUCUUUUCCGCGGAAAAGCGUGCAGGCAGGGUAAUGCGGAGGACAGCCCUGGUGUUGUGCCUCGGGUUGAGCCUGGCCCUGGGCGAGGACUACGAGGUGGACUGCGGCACCCUGCGAAUGGGCCAGUACAUCUGUCCCGAUCCGUCCAUCGACCACAUCGAUCCGCAGACCCAGCAGCCCCGCAACUGUACCAAAGAAAAUAAGGCCCUCGUUGCCUGCAGAGCUGCGCCCGGUAUAAGAUGCAAAGAGACCAACGGCUCUACUUUCAUGCGGGACAUUCCCUGCGAGUGGACAAAUGGCUAUUCCUUUGAGACGGCACUUUUAUUAUCGGUGUUUUUGGGAAUGUUUGGCGCCGACCGCUUCUACCUGGGCUACCCUGCCCUCGGACUGCUCAAACUAAGCACGCUGGGCUUUCUGUUCCUCGGCCAGCUGGUGGACGUGCUGCUGAUCGCCACGCAGGCCGUGGGUCCAGCCGACGGGUCUGCGUAUGUUAUGCCCUACUUCGGGCCCAAAGUGAUCUCAAUCCGAGUCGACAACAGCACAUUCAAAUUGCCCCAAGAAGACUGGCCCUAGAGUUGCUGCUAAUCCAUGUGUAUCGAGAACUGCUCUGUGCGAAAUUAGCGGCCGCCGUCGUCUUGUCCAGCACAAUAAAUCAACUUUUAUUCAAUUUCACUAGCAAAGCGCUUCUGAAGAUAUGUGCAAUUCUGUAUCAGAGCUACUAAGCACGAAUACCCGAUUUUAAAGUGGGCUUGUCUUUUGGUUCCUUCUUUAAAUUUUGUCAGGACAUAACAUGCAAAUAAUUUUUCUUAGUUAGUCAAAGCUUUGGUGUAUCCGAUCAUGUGUGUUAGUUAGCAAAUUACCUGUACAAAACUCAGAAUGAUAAAUUCACGCAAAAUAUCGACCUGGAAAGUCUUAGGUUAGAACUUAGAGGCUGCCUUAAGAGCAAAAUUCGGAAAAGCUCUUGACGAAUAAUAACGAAGUUAAAAUAAAAAUUGACGUCCCGCGCGCUGAUUGAGGCUUUGUUCCUUUUUGUAUGGCAAGAGCAUUAUUAACAGGUAUGAUGAUUGACUGCAUUGCAGCACUAUAAUAAUUAUUUUGCUGCGUUUUAUAUUUUUAUCGCUUUUGUAUGAAAAAUAAUGUGAAAUAAAGGAAAACUGGUCAAUGUUGAGAU